UGCAACACUAGUUGUUCAGGGGAGUGUCUUGUGUUAUUAAUGCUGAGUGACUCUGGCAAUUCCUGUGGUUCAAGGUCGUUAGUCAUCCGCUGCCGCUGCAGGAGACACCGGAGCGCUGAGCCAGAGCUCUUCAUCCAACCCUCUUGGUCCUCCCAGGCCAGCAGGAUGAAGGAGUCUAGGCAAACAUUCCUUAAUUUAUUCUGCAUCCUCUGGCUCUUUCUGCUGCUGAAGACUGCCUCUUCCUCCCCUCUACCCCGUGGAAAAGACCCACGAGCCCCUUCGCUCCCCUUUGGGCUGUACGAAGGACACACCUGUGUUGGAUGCGUGCUUGUGGUGUCUGUCAUCGAACAGCUUGCACAGUGGCACAACAGCACAGUAAAGGCAGCUGUGGAGAGACUGUGUGACUACAUACCUGAAAAACUGCAAGGUUUCUGCUAUGUGCUUGCUGAACUUUACGGACCACACAUAGCUGAACUCAUAGACAGGGAAAUGAAUGCCGAUGUGGUUUGCCAUUCCUUGAGGCUGUGUAAACAGGAUCCAGGACAACCACUUUGUCAUCUCUACUCUCCUCCAAAGGUGGGACUGAGUGUUGCAAUAAGAAAAGCAAAAAGAAUUAUGAAGGCUUCCAAGGACUUGAAAAGCUUCAUGGGAUUCUCAAGUGUAUGUGCGUUUCCUCUUCUGGCUAACCUGUGUGAGAAGAUUAAAUAUGUUCUAAGAAAUAAACUGCCUUUUGAAGAUUUUGAUGGAGAUAAAUUUAGUACCUUCCCAACGCUGAGGGGCUAUCACUGGCGAGGCAGAGACUGCAAUGACACAAACACAACCGUGUACCCUGGCAGGCGUCCUGAUAAUUGGGAUGCAAAAAGUGACUCUAACUGCAAUGGCAUAUGGGGUGUGGAUCCAAAAGAUGGAAUUCCCUAUGAAGAGAAGUUCUGCAAAGGUGCAGACUCCAGAGGGGUCGUGCUCCUGGGAGACUCGGCCGGCGCUCACUUCCACAUCCCUCCCGAGUGGAUGACCGUCACACAGAUGUCAGCGAAAUCAUUUGCUAAUCUCCCCAUGGCUUUCAGUGAUGAGUUUGACUGGCCCCAGUUCUCAGAGAUCACUGGAUUUCUCAAUUCCACCAUCGGAGGGUGGACAGACUCUUUGUAUCUACGUUUACGCAGGAGAAAUCGCUGUAAUCACAGAGACUUGCAGAACAUUUCCCAAAAUGGUGGUUCUUCCGGAAACCUCCUCUCUUUAAUAAAAAGUUUGGCCAGAAACCAGCUGUUGGACAAUCCAGCCAUAGUUAUCUACGCUACAAUUGGGAAUGAUGUCUGCAAUGGUGAACGUGACACACUGGCCCACAUGACCACACCCAAAGAAAUGCUCUCCAAUGUGGUGCAAGCUCUGCGAUACCUGGACUCCCGCCUUCCAAAUGGCAGCCAUGUGAUUUUGACAGGCUUGGUGGAUGGUCGCUUUCUCUGGGAUAACCUGCACAACAGAUACCAUCCUCUAGGACAACUGAACAAGGAUGUCACAUACAGUCAACUCUACUCUUUCCUCGACUGCCUCCAGGUGAGCCCCUGCAGCGGCUGGCUGACCCCCAACGAGACCCUGAGGAACCUGACCUCGGAGAGAGCAUUACAACUUUCCAAUGUCCUGAAAGAAAUAGCAAGAUCUGAGAAAUUUUCCAACUUUGAUAUUUUCUACAUGGAUUUCCCACUGAGACAAACGGCCGAGGAAUGGCGCAAGAUGGGAGGCGAGCCCUGGCAGCUGAUCGAACCAGUCGAUGGCUUCCAUCCCAGCCAGAUUGCUGCAGCCCUUGGAACAGGCAUUACCUGGCAGAAGGCACUACACGAGUGGCCUCAAGUGCUUGGCAAGGAGAAUCCAUUCAACGAUCAGAUUGAAGCCAUAUUCAAAGAUCAAGGUGGACACUGACUUCCAAACUGCUGGAACCCUCACACAAUUGAUGAUGGCACUUCCACGGGUCAAGAUGAUUAAAGACACACCAAAAAAAUCGGGGAGAGGAAGUUAACAGAGCCAGUAGCACUGGACAUAACACAAGAGCAUUCUUUUCAGUUUGUAUCUCACCUGCACAAGUAGGCUAUGCUUUUUCUGUGGAGCUACAAAAAUAAAAAUCAAAGGAUAGCUGCCAGCUAGACCAUUUAUUGUAUCAGUUUGAAAAUCUGCACUUCUUUUUUCCACAUACAGCAAACUCCUACCCCUACCUAAUCUUUUUUCCUUCUGCAGAACAUUUCUAGGUUUUCUGUGUUUCAACAGUUAAUCUGAUCCCAAAAGGAGGGGGGGGACCCCAAACUCAUUAUGUUGCUAUAAAUUGUGUGUAUGUAAUUGCCUUGACUGUCAAUACAUUAUUUAGCUGGUAUUUGCUUAUUAAAGUGUGCCAGGAAUAACAAGACACUACAAUUUUGAUCUGCCUGGCAGCAUCAGCACAGGCUGACUGAGCACAAGUUCUCUUCCUCCAUUAAUAAGAUAUUAGGUUGACAACACUUCAUGUAUUUAAAAAGCGGGUUGUUUUUUCAACCUGUAAUGUAUUUCUGCUUUUUUUGCUUCCUAAGACAAAUAAUAUGCCAAGUCCUAUGUCUUUUACAGGCAUGGCCAAGGGAAUCACUGAAAAUACUGGGUAGCCCUUACUUCACAGACAGACUUGAAGAUGAGAAUUACUGUAUUUUUUUCACCAGCUUAUGCAGUGCUCUUAGCAAAAUAAAGAAAUAUUUAAAAAUCAGAGACAGCUCUACCCUACUUGCAACCUUACUGAUGAUGGAGGGAUCAGAGAGCAUUAAGUGGCAUUAAUUAUGGGUGGAAAAGAUCCAGUAAACAGCAAGCAUUAACAUGACAUGACUAAAACACAACCCAACAGCCCAAAGCUCAGGUGGAAUUGCUCUGCUCCUUGUUCUGAGCACCACCCUUGCACAAAGCUGUCACACAUGGGGCAGCUCUUGGGCUGUGGUCCAAACCCAAAGAUAGAGCCUGGCUGUAGGAUGUGCACCCACUCAGCAUUUUGAGCAGGCAGGGAAUGACUUGGCUAAUACUAUUUUGAUUGAAGCAUGUAUUACUGCUUUCCUAGAUCCUGAUCCUUUUCAUAGGGUACAGUCAAUGCUGGGUCUUUUAUUAAGAUAUUAAGAUAGAAAUUAAGAUAGAAAUUCCUUUGGGAUGACUGCUAACACUUAAGUAAAUAUUCAAGUCACCACUUUAGGAAACCAGAAGGGAAUACAUUCCUUAAUUGAAUGAUACUUGUUAAUAGGGCCCCAAUUCAUUCAAGUCAUUUAGAUGUUACCAAAAUAUCCAGUCUCCCAAGGAAUAGUUUCAACUCAAGAGGCAGACCUGGGGAAGACUAUUUAGCAUUACAAGGAAAUGCCCUUGCUUCCCAUAGAAAUUCUCUUCAAACAACAUAACAUUCCAUGUACCCUGACCAGGUAAAGCACCUCCUAUUUUUGUACUAUUUCUUCAGGACUCUUAUCUUUUAUUAAAUACAACACAAGGACAGAAGCAAGCGCAUCCACACGUUUUUACUACAGCUCAAGUACAGCACAGGCAAUAAUUACAGAAUAUCAGAUUAUUUUCUCUACAUCAACACACAGAAGUGUAGCAAUUAAAAGGGGGAAGGGAGUCAUGUUUGGAAGCCUAAUUUUCAAGGCAAUUUCUUUGCAAAUUAUUGUAUUUCAUUUGAGGUUGGGAUUUAAUAACACCAAUUAGGAGUUUUACUAAGUAGUAAAACUGAAAUUUCCUCAACUAAAAUAAGCUACAUUGCCCAGAGGAAAGCAUUUUUCUCUUACAGAAUUUUUUACUUGCUCACUUACUGAAUUUCUGAACAAUGGGGAGAAAAAGGUUUCUUAUAAAAUUAGAACAUCUUUUCAAAGACAACCUGAAACCUCUAUAGCUGAAACCCAGAGCAAAGCCCUCUCAAAGGUUUGCCCAGUACAACUGCUCCUUGCUGGACACAGGGUCUCUGAAGGACACCAAGGAAUGGGCUUGCCCCUGGCUGAGGGCACACGACCCAGAGCACAUGCCCUUGUGCCUCAAGGUGAGUUCUGCACCUCCAAACCCAGCUGCAUGCAGAAACCUGAUAUGUAGCUAAUGCAUUAACUAUCUAUCUUUAUCAAAGAAAGAUGAAUUUUGGGACUAUUAAGCCAUCAGCUUUUACAACCACUAUGUCUCAAUUAUUUCAAAUGCAAAAAACAGCUGAAGAUCUGCACCCUCAAACAUCAAUCACUUACCCAUACCACUCUAAAAAUACAUAUCCUAUAUUUAAAAAACACUGCUGAAAAAGCUUACUUAUGCUAAAGCAGCGACAAACUAUGAAUUCUAAGCUAUUCCAUUAGGUAAAUGCCUCCUGGUGCUUAGAUUUGUUGAAGGUGAAAAAUGCGCAGGGAAGAGAAAUAGGGGAAAAAAAGUUUCUCUUGGAAAGCUUAUUAUAAUUCCAAGCAAUUCAAAGUUUAUUAGCAGUAUGAAGUUCUAGCAAAAAUAGUCUGUCAAGGUCUUUCUUGGGGAGAGUCAGAGCAUGUGAAUGAAUACAGAAGGAAUUAUGUCACUGGCUGGGUCCAGCACACUGCACAUGGGAAGGUUCUCUUGAUGUUACUCUGCAAACAUUUUUUACAAAAUUUUAAGCUUGGCUUGAAAUCAGAGAGUAAGAACUCUUUUUGAGGUAUAGAACAUCUAAACCUACCUGAAGUUAUUUGAAUUCACAGACUGGCCUCUUCACAAAGAAUGAGCUCCAAACAAGGAAAAACUACGUAACCAUUGUUGCAAACUUUCACCACAAAACCCUAAAAGGGCAGAGGAACAUGGGAGGGGGAGGCAGCACCCAGCAGCGCCAGUCAGGAAAUCCAUAAGCACAGGCUUCCUGCUGAGCUUGUGUCCCAUGUUUCUGCUGGCUGCAGGAGCCCAUGUGCUCACCACUCAUGUGCCCAGAAGUCACCACACAGGUCAGCUUUUCUAACUUAACACCACCCGUUGCACUUCUUACCUUUUGCUUUAUGAAGAGAGCUUCUACUUGGCCAAUGAACAAACACAGAUUGGUUUCUACAAGGGAUAAUAGUCCAAUUAGCCUAAAUAAAAGUGGUCCCUUGAAUAUCAUCCAGUUCUGUUCUUAACACCUUUCCGUGGACUUAUUUCAUAAUUCAAAAAUUAAUGGUUUUAACACUCACUUGGGGAGUUUAAGACAGCCUACCACACAUCCACUGCUGAAAUUUCCUCUUGCACUGUCCAUGUUGUGCUAUUCUGCUGCCAUGUCUGUCACAAAAAAACCUGUCUCUCCUCUUCAUGUUUGAUGAGCUGCUGCACACGGACAAUCUGGCCUCCUACUACAAAAUUCAGCAAGCUGUGUCCAAGGCUUCACAUCAUCAAGUGGAAUUCUGGGAUACAUGUACAGAAUAGAAUCCUUCCUUAAACAGUGUGGAGUCCAGCUUUUCUUCAGCCUACAACUUAGUAUUUCAAAUUGCAUAGAUGACUUUAUGAAAAAAAACAGGAAGGGUUUUACUUUUUAUUUUAAAUGAAUAAAAUAAAUCUCAAUACAUAGUUUGGAAAUAUUUAAAGACAUCAGAAAAGAACAUUUAAAAGAUUUAAAAGCAAGUACAAAAGGGGAAGGAUGAAACAGUAUAAGGUAAUAGAAUUUAGUGUUUCAAGUGUGAAUAUAUAACAGCAAUAGCAAACUUAAGUUUUCCACUACUGCAUUCCUAGUGAAGUGAUGAGCUGGUAUUUCAAUACGCUCAGUGAAAAGCCAUGAACACUGCAAGUUUUAACUGAGGAAUGUUGCCAUUUUCAUGAUGAGUCUGAAGUACUGGUUUUAUAUGCAUUUGUUGGCAUGUCUGUCAAGGGGAAGAAGACCCAUUCCUUCAGCCAGCGGAGUAUUGGUUGGUAUACAGCAGCUUUGUAAAGUCUUAUUAUUAAACAAAACAAAAAAAGGGCACUUUUACUACCUAUUAACCUAUUCCUGGUUCUCACAUGGAGAAUUAUAGCUUGUAAAAACCAAGAAAUACUGACAUAUACAGCCAUAAACCUAAUUUUUUCUGAUUUUUUUAUAUAACAGUCCUAACAAAAAUAUUCAAGACCUUCCAUUUCUAUCAAAGUGCAAUAUACUGCAUACUUAAUUCCACACCUGCAAAUCACAUAGUGUACAUGCCACGCACUUAUCCACACUAGUUUGUAUAGGAAAUUGCAAAAGUAGUAUGAAUAUGUUGUACAUGUCUUGUUCUGACCACAAGGACGCUGGACAAGCAGAAUUAUCUAUACUGCAUGUUGUAGAAUAAAAUUGACUAGUUGCUUCUAUGCCUGAUCAUUACAAAAGAACCCCAACAAAUGCUACAACAUUGAAUCUUGUGCUUCAGCAGCAUUCUUGUUAAGAGUAUUUUGAACUAUUGUUUCUUUCAGGGAGCUGAGUUAUCUGGAUCAGACAAGUUAAGCUUGUCUUUCACUAGCUAGCGCCCCCCUUCCUGCCCUGAAGUGUGAUUUCCUGCAAUAAUUUAGUU